AUGAAGCGUUUCGCCUGCACGGGUGCUUCCCACGCCGCGCCCCCGCGGGACGACAAGGAGUGGGCCAUGAAGCGGGACUGGACGGACGCCGAGUUCCAGGAGGGCGACGAGGGCAACCGCGCGCGGCUGCAGGAGUACGAGGACGCCCUCGGCAGCCUGCUGCGGCGCGCCUGUGCCCGAGCGCCCAGUGGCGCGGCGGCCGCGGAGGAGUCCGGGCAGGCCUGCAGCUCCACCGCGCCGGCGCCGCCCGCCGGCGCCGCGGAGCAGCAGGGCGUUCUGGACAG